AUGUGUGGAUCAGAAACAUCGAAAGUAACGCUUCAGCAACAAGGAGAUUUGGUCGUCAAAGGCUUCAAAGCUCUCAAGGAAGCAUGCGGCCACCCAUACAGUGACUGUACCAGCAAGAGCUCCGAGCUUGACUCCAUCAUCCGAGACACGGCCUCCUGUUCUCUCGACCCACUGAGCGCGAGAAAUGCGGCUAUCACUCAUUUACACUCUAGCCUUUUACCUUCCCUACGACAGCAACUCAUUGCCAUCUCACACGCACUAGAUUUCCAAGCACUAGACUCGAUCGAUUUCCAACGUGAACCGGUUUUGUCACAAUUUAAGCUCAUCUUGGAGAUCCAGUCUCAGGUUCAUGAUACAUUGGAGAAAGUUAAAUAUAUGGUUGAGACGAUCUCACCAGGAGAAAUCCCUUCAUCCAAACAAGUGAAUGACCAAGACCUCAAAGGACUCAAAGCUUAUAGACUCUCCGGCCUGGAUGAAUCCUUCAGAGAAGAUUUACUACGCUCUGUUCGAUAUUUUUUUGAUUGGAUCUCGAAAGUGAUUAUUGAGCUAGGACUAUCAACGGAAGAAAGGACUGGAGUGAAACCUUCCCCUAGAACUGAUAAGCGCUACUGGGCCACUCGUGUCGAAACUGGGAUUGAGUCAACAAGCUUUUGGUUAAAAGGAUCCGAAUGGGAUAUCAUCAUACACGAUUGGGGUCCCAAAAGGUUUCAAUCCCGCCUCACUCUGUCCUGUAUCCUUACGACUCUCUCCCAUAGCUCCAACUCAAUCACCAAAAAUCCAUAUAUUCAACGAAGCUCUCAACUUGCUCAAUCGGCCCUAACAAUCUUCAAGCUAUCAAGAUUGUAUCUUAACAAACUCUCAAACCGGGGAUUAAACCAAAAACCACUCCGACCAUUCACUGAGAUGUGUUCGCAUCAACUCAAAAAAUUACACGAUCUACCAGAUAGAAUUUAUCGUGCACACCUAUCGCUUUUGUCAAGAUUAGAUAAGGAGCAGGAGAUGGACAGGCUUUCGAUUAAUGAAGUCAUUAAAGAAGCCAAGUAUCUCUCAACUUUGUUUCAAUCUACUUCAUUUCUCAUCCUCAUUCACGUGAUCCCUUUGAUUGUGGAUACUGACGGCUUUCCAGUCCAGAAUUAUUACAAAUCUUGGUUUCUCACUUACGAUACUCAGUUCCUCAUAGCGUAUCAAAACUUUUGUAAACACGCUGCCUCCAUGAUAGAUUGA